AUGCCGCGCAGACGAGACCCCUCCAAGCAAGUAUCUAGACGGAGCCACCGCGGCUGUCACCGCUGCCGUCAACACAAGAUCCGGUGCGACGAGGCCAAACCUCACUGUGGGCCGUGUACUUCCCGUGGCUACUCCGAUUGCAUCUACGCCCAGGUCCUGAAAUGGGAGACGGACUACGUUGGCCGCGCCUUUGGGAGGGCCGGUGUAUGGUCGAAAUCUGGGGCUGGCGGCAAUAACAAGAAGAAGUCCGCGACGCCGCCUUCGACUCUGGACAACUACUGGUGUCUACCUACUCACGUCCAUUCUUUUGAUUUUCUAAACUCCUUCAUUGCCGACUUCGAAAAGGAAGAGUCCUCGUCGUCCUCCAGUGAUGACAGCUCCACGGAUGAUCGCAACUCGGCGGCCCUUACACUAACAAAGAACCUGGGCUCUAUUAAUCGGCCGGUCAAGUACGUCCAACUCGACAGCCAGGCCGAAUCACAUUUGUUAUCAUACUAUCUUGACCGGAUCUGUCCCAUGACAGUCCCAUGCGCCAAAGGCGAAUCUCCCUUUUCCGCUCUCGUCUUCCCCUUUGCCGUAUCCUCCGCCUCGCCGGCCCUUAUGCACGCCCUCCUGGGCCUCGCCGCUUCACACAGAGCAAGAUCAGACUGCACGUUCCAGCCGGUAGCUCUUAGCUACUCAGCCAAAGUCAUCCGAUCGCUGCGCUUGUCCCUCGAGAACAGAUCAUCCAUCGACAUCGCAGCCAACUCGGAGAUCCUCGUACUGAUGAUGCUACUAUGCCAGCUCGAAAUCAUUGCGGAAUGCGACAAGCGCUGGGUUACGCAUCUGCGCGGGGCCCGAGACCUCAUCAGGUUCAGACGCCAAGGCAUGACUUCGGACGCCGCCAGGAUGGCGGCGCGGCAGCAGAGCCCUUGGGAGCGAAUCAUCAAGUUCACCGAGCGGUAUUUUGCGUUUUACGAUGUCAUGGGACGAACUGCCUGCGGCGAGGAACCCAUCUUCGGUAACGACUUUUGGUCCGCGCAGGAGGACGAGGGGCUCGAUCUCUGGAUGGGCUGCUCGCCACAGCUUGUCAGUAUUAUUGGCGAGAUUACAGAGCUCAGCUUCAAGUACCAUCGCAUGUCGUCUUCGAUGGCGGAGGAAUGCUGGCAGGACCUUGAACGCCAGCGGAUGAGGUUGACUUGUUUGCUUCAACAGUCGCAUCUUAAGAGCAAUAGCGAAGACGAAAUCAUCAGGAAUACCGUCGAGUUGAAGCGGCUGACUGUAGAGCUGUACCUCCACUCUGCUCUCAACGACUCCAAUCCGGCGACGCCUGUGAUUCGACAGAACGUUAAGAAGAUCUUGCGUCUCGUCGCGAUGCUGCUCGAAUCGGAUGUCAAAGCUGGGCUUACAUGGCCACUGUUCAUGGCAGCCUGCCAACUCGACCCUACAGAGGAGCUCGAGUGGGCGGAGGGAGAUACUGAUAACCAGGGGGCCCCUCGCUACGCACGACCGUUUGUUCUCUACGUUCUCGACAAGUUGGCGGAUUCUCUCUCUAAUGUCACCCGAACGCGUUCGGUAAUUGAAAAGGUAUGGAAACAACGAGAGGCGGCCUCAUUCCUGUCGUCGGAUGGACAGCUUUCUUCCAGUCCCAAGGCCUUCAAUGACUGGGCUCGAUUCGUGGCUCCUCUCUGUCACAAUAUUAGUUUGGCUUGA